CGCGCCAUGGCUCAGUGAGGAAGAGGACGCAGUAACACGGCGGCUUUACUUCUUACUUUCAUCCCAAUAUUCCAGUUCCACAUUACUUCGCACCUCCUUUCUACUUAUUAUUCCAAUUCUUCAUCCCAAUCCUUUCCAACAAAAUCCAAGUCGGCCAACAACAACUUUGGCAUCAUGCACUUGCGCCUUUUGACACUUUUCAUGCUUUUCCUCGCCGUGGCUCAAAUGUUUUGUGAGGACAACCUGAGAGAAGACGAGGACUUUUGGACAAGCGACAACAUUCAGCUUGGCUGGCCUUCCAGGGACCCAUUCAGAGAAAUCCUUCUGAGGAUGACAAGAAAGCCAAGGCCGCAUCAGUUUGUCGGCCUGAUGGGCAAGCGCUCAAUGGCCAAUUCACAGAUUCCCCGCAAAAGGCAUAAAGUCAACUCUUUUGUUGGUUUGAUGGGGAAAAGAAGCCAAGAGGAGCCAGAUUCCUUUGAUUGGAGCACAGUACAGAUGGACGACGCCCGCCGCUAACGCCGCUAACGCCGCUAAUGCCGCUAACGCCGCCGAGUCCUCACCUGCCUGCUUGUCACCUUGACAUUCCUCAUCUGUGAAAGCUGUUCAUUGUUGUUAGUCCAAUUAAAUGAUUGAUUGUGUUUACACC